AUGAUCACGAUAAAUGCUACGAUUGGAACCGGUCUAUAUUGGCGAGGAGGCCAGGUACUUGAGCUUGGGGGCCCUUUGGCCGUUGUUCUAUCCUUUCUCUUAGUGGGAUUUCUAUCUUGGUCUGUCAUGCAAUGUGUGUCAGAGAUGUUAUGUAUCUGGCCCAUCCCCGGUGCACUGUCAGCGUAUGUCAGCGAGUUUGUAGAUGUGGAGCUAGGCAUUGCCACGGGUGUGGCUUAUUGGUUCACUUACUCCAUAUCCUUUUCCACCCUCAUUGCAACAUCCGCUGCCGAGUUCAACUUCUGGCCCUCUAUUCAAGAAAGCACCGGCAUACAUGCCGGCAUUCUUUACCUUCUCAUCCCUGUUGCCAUAGUUUGUGCAAAUUCUCUCGAAAUCGAGCUGAUACUGAUUGAGAUUAAGAUUUAUGGUAUCAUAGAAGUUAUUACCGGCACCAUCAAGCUAUUAUUACUUGCUGUAAUUAUAUGUGUUCUGAUUGCAAUUAACAGAGGUGCCUUCAAAUACCUUAAGUGCAGCGCGUUUAACAUACGAUUCAAAAAGUGGGUCUUCAUAGUGACACUCCAAUUGGUUUUAAAUAUUUUGCUCAACAAUAGAAAUUUAGAUUGGAAAUCAGCGACUGAAUUCGACUCAGACGCUGCCGGAAACUGGUUCGCUGCGCUUUUAAUUGGCAUGUCUAUUGCAACUUUCUCAUUCGUUGGAAUCGAAAUAGUCGCUGCGUCCGCACUGGAAGCAAAAUGGCCACGCCAGGAUCAUAAGUCGAAGGUAUCAUCAUCACUGGAUAUCACUCCCCGUCCGAAUGACACAUUGAUCGGGAACCAAAUCAAAUUCUCCGCGAUAUUCAUCUCCGUCCUUGCGACAGUGGUUUACGUGGUAGCAGCAUUUUUGGUCACUCUUGACAUAUACCGGGGAGACUGUGCGCUUCCACGGGUGAGUUGGCUCUCCGAAGAUAUCAAAAGCAACUGCACUGCACCUGGUAGCAAGGCUGCAUUCGUCGCCAUUGCCUUGGAAUCCGGCAUUCCUCAUCUGGCAGAUUUAUUCAACGUGUUCUUAAUUUUUACUUGUCUCACAUGCACCAGCACGAAUCUUUAUGUCGCUUCGCGGACUCUAUUUGGUCUGACAAGUGGACUAGAGGGAGGCAAGGGACAGCGCUGGUAUUUACGCAUACUUGCCUGGUUUGGAAAAACAAAUCGACACCAGGUUCCUAUUCGUGCUGUUAUUUUUUCGGCCGUUUCCUUCUCUUGGGUUCCUUUUUUACAGUUAAUUGGGAAACCGGACACACGCAGCUCCAUAAAUGAGUUUAUCGAGAUCCUGAGCCAAAUGGCCUCGAUUGGAGUCCUCAUUGUUUGGGGUAUGAAUUGUCUUGCCUUCUUGCGUUAUCAUAAAUGUAUCUCGGUUCAUGAAAACCAAAAGAUCUUCAAAGCACGAGGAGUCCCCCAAUUUCAGCGAGAUGACUAUAGCGAAUACCCCUAUCGAAGUCAUGGUCAACCGCUGUUGGCUUAUUUCGCCUUCUCGGGUUGUUUUUUCCUUCUCAUAGUAGCCGGUGGAGCCGCAUUAUGGAAAAGCUGGAAUCUUCUCCCGUUUUUGGCUUCAUAUUUACCCGUUCUGGCAUUUUUUGCGCUUUGGGUUCUGCUGAAGAUAGCCCGGCGGGCUCCUUGGGGCCUUGUAGAUCUUAGCGAUGGUCAUAUGGUGGCUACUAAAUUGCAAAGGCUGCAUGAGAUUCGUGGAGCCACGCAGAUAUGA